CAUACUGAAAUCUGCUGGAAUGUUGAAGGCAGGUACUACAAUUACCAGGCUGCCUACCCCGCAUCGCGGGUGUGUUGUUGUUCGUUCAUGUGCUGCGACAUGUGAGGCCUCCAAAGCAAGGGAGCAACAUGCCUUAGCUGUGGCUUCGCUCCUAGCCUCGACCAUCGUUACCGUGGCUUCUGCAUCACCGGCCCUCGCCGACGAGGCCGCUGCAGCUACUGUCACUUCUGUUGCCGUGGAGCUGGCAUCGACAGCAAACGUUUCGGUUGAAGGUAUUGAUGCUCUUGUUGCUCCGGCUGUUGAGUCAGAGGCUGUGGCCAUUGCAGUUGCUCCCCCUGCCCCUCAAGCGGUUGCGGCUGCUGAUGUGGAGUUGGCUCCUGAGGCCAGCACCACUGAGGUCGCCCCGGAGCCUGCGGUCGAGCCUGUCUCUGCAGUCCUUGCGGCUGACGAGCCGGUGGGGGCGAAUGCGGUUAUUGCGGCUGAAGAACCUAUCGCGGCUGAGGAAGUUGUGGCCGCUCCGGUCCCGACAUCGGUUCCUGUGGAGGCCGAGGCCGGGACCCCCGCCGUUGCUGAAACCGCGUCUGAGGCCGCCGCAGACGAGCCAGUUGCUGCACCCGCGGAGGCGGCGGUAGAGAUGGACGCUGGAGAGGCUGGCCCUGUGGCCGCAGUGGAGGAUGUGCUGGUGAGCGCCCAGACUGAGGCCGUGCUGCAGGAGGAGACGACGGUAGAGACGGUGGAGGCGGUGGAGGCGCCAUUGACUCCUCAGGUGGUCUCAGCUGCAACCGACGACGCCGAUGUUAAGACAGCGGAAGCGGUUGAAGAGGCGCAGGCCGAGAUAGUGGAAGCCCCAGUUGCCGCUGCAUUGGCGACCGAGGCGGUUGAGCAGGCUGCUGAGCCGCUGGUGGCUACGGAGCCCGUCACGGUGGUGGCCCCGGUGGUUGCGGUGGAGGCCACCCAGGGGGUGGAGGAGGUGACCAAGGUUGAGCUGCCGAUGGUGGAGGCUGAAGAGGCGGCGGUUCCCCCGGUUGCUGCUGCACCGGUGGCACCUCAGGUCGAAGAUGUCGUACCAGCCGUUGCCGCAGCCGUCCCUGAGCCCGCAGCGGUGGCGGCAGGCGGCUUCGAUGUGCGAGCCCUGUUUGCCGGCAUCACUGCCGCGUCGACCAAUUCUGCAGAGGGUCCCUCUGCGGAGACUCUCACGUACGGCGCCCUGGGUGUUGCUGCGGCUACCUUUGUUGGCACCUUCUUCGUGGCCCCUCGCUUUAAGGAGGCGUUCAAGGAGCCUGUGGACUGGCGGGAUAUGUACUCGGCUCUGGCGGCCCGGGGGGUCAAGACGGUGACUGCCGAGGAGGCGUACGCCAAGGCCAAGAAGGGCGCUGUGAUUCUGGACGUCCGCCUGGCCGACAGCUACGGCCGCCGUGCCGCUGCUCCCUCCACCAACGUUCCCCUCUACCAGCCCAUCGCCGGGUGGGACCUGGCGUCCAUCAUCCGGCGGGCGGGAUUCGCGUUCUUCGGCAUCUUCGGAACGGAGCUCAACGAGAGCUUCCUGACGGAGGUAGCGGCCAAGGUGCCUAAGAAUAAGGAGGUGAUUGUGAUGUGUGAGACGGGGGGCACAAUCGAGAACAAGCCAGGUACCCAGUUCGGCUUCCAGUCCAGGAGCUUGAAGGCACUGUACUACCUGCAGCAGGCAGGGUACGGUAAGGUACUGCACAUGAAGGGCGGUCUCGGUGAUUGGCAACGCGCGGGUCUGCCGCUGUCGGAAGGCGCCAGCGGCUCCAAGGGGCAGGGCAGCAGCAACAGCGGUGGUAGCUCGGGUGCAGCCACCGGGCGCGGAACCAGCAGCGGUCGCCUCACCGCCACCGCCAGCAGUCGCAACGGCACUGGCAGUGCGAAGGCAACCACGACCAAGGAGCUGGUGUCGGUCUCAUCGCGAGGUCGCAAAUGA